AUGGGUGUCUUCGAUUUCUUCCAGUCGCCCGACGCCAAGCGCAAGGAAGAGGUGCGCACCGGUGCCGUCGCCCCCGAUCGCUCCGAGCGCAAGAGGUGCUGGGAGGCACGGGAUGGCUUCUACAGGUGCCUGGACAAGCACAGCGUCAUCGAUUCGCUUAAAGGCGAGGGCAAGGCCAUCGCCGACAAGCAGUGCGCCAAGGAGAACGCCCAGUUUGAGCAGGACUGUGCUACCGCCUGGGUCAAAUACUUCAAGCAGUUCCGGAUUGCCGAGUACCAGAAGAAGAAGGCCUUCGAACGGUUAGAAAAGGAAGGCGCCAACAAGAUGGCCAUCGAGGGACCCAACGAUGCAGCCAAAAGGUGA